AUGGUCUCCUUCUCUUGCGAGGCAUGUGGUGAUGUUCUCACUAAGAAAAAGCUCGAUCCUCAUCGCGGCCAAUGUCGCGGCGCUUCCUUCACCUGUAUCGAUUGUAUGGUGCAUUUCUACGGAUUGGAAUAUAGAGCUCAUACGUCAUGCAUGACCGAGGCGCAAAAGUAUCAGGGUGCUCUAUAUAAAGAGAAGCCCCAGAAAGGAAAGAAAGGACAAAACAACAAGCAGAAUCCCAACCAGAAUCCCAACGGCCGUCACCAGCAACCCCGUGUGGACGACGGUUCAGACGGCGAGGCCCUGAAGAACGCUCCUCCUCCCCCUGCUCCCACUCCCCCUCCUGUCGGUGAUGUGAGGGCCCCUGCUCCUCCCCCGGCCAACAAUGACAAGGCCGUCAAUGUGUUCGAUUACCUCGUCGCCGAUGAGACUCCGAACGCAUCCAAGGUCACCCUUGCCGCACCCAAGGAACAGAUGAAGAUGAACCCCAAUGCCAAAUCGCUCUUCGAGCCCAGCCAGUCCCUUACUCGCGUCGAAACAAACCCCAACACGGAUGACGAGGGUAAAAAUUACGAUAUCGCAUUCGAGGAGAAUGGCUUUUCAUACGGUGCCGGCAACAUCCCGCACUCAGCAUCGCCCCCGAAUGCGUCAACAGAGUUCGUCACGCCCGCACCUAAGAAGAAGAAGGACCGCCGUCGCGAGGAGAAAGCCCCCGGCACUGUCAGCGAGAAGAAGCGCAAGCGCGGUCAAGCAGAGGUUCUCAGCACCCCGGGUGAAGCAGUCGACACCUCAAUGAUGGAUGCUCCGUCCAGCAUCAUCAACAAUGCCGGCACACCCAUGCUGAACCAUUCCGGCCUGACCGGCGGCCUGAAUCGGAUGAUGCGCUCCCCAUCCGCCGACGGCGACGACAGCCCCGAAACCAGCCGCCGUGCCUACCAAGAUACCUCGUCCCCGAUCAAGCGCAGCCGCCGCAACGGCAAAGAAGCCAACGGCAACGGUGAUCCAGGUCUCGGCAUCUCAAUGAAGAACCGCGCUGGCCGCCUCGUCUCCUCCAUGUUCGGCGGUUCAGCUGUCUCGAGCACCAACGGCUCCAACACAGAUUCCGCCCCCAAAGCUCUUGUCCACGCCCGCCGCGGUAGUUUCUCCAGCGGCGACGGCCAGCUCGAGGUCCGCAAGAACAAGAAAUCGCACCGCGCGCGCGCAGACGACUACGAUGACUCCCGUAAAUCUAAGCGCAAGAGCUCAAACCCCACCGAUGGCGACAGACCCUCCCGCCGUCUUAAGCAAGUCGACGAGCGCCGUGUCUCCAUUGACUCCUCGAACGGCCACCAAGUGGCUGUCUACAGGCAGUCGCGGCCGCCGGCGCGCUCGGACGAGGACCUGCAGCGCGAUCUGGCCUAUCACUUCCUCUCGCUGGUCCCAAAGGAUAGCCAGCGUGGCUGCUCCCUUAACAAGGCGCUUAAGCGCUUCCACCGUGAGCUCUCGGAGGAGUAUGAUGCUGAUCAUGGUCAUGAUAAUGGGCGCGGCUGGGUGGACCGGGAUCGCAGGGCUGAUGAUGAGAAGGAUCUUUUCCGCGCGUUACGGCUAAGACGUAACGAUCGUGGUGAGAUUGUUGUGUUCAUUUAG